AUGCUAACAGAGCUGUUUGUUCUUUUGCAAGGAAAAAAUGCAAAGGAUCGUGAAAUGCAGGAGAAGCAGGAGAAAGAAUUUUGUCUAAUUAAUAAGGAGUACCUGGCUGAUGAACCAUUCCGAGACAUUCCAAAUCUACAGGCAAAGCUUGAUCAGCUGAAGGGCAUGUUUAUGGGAUAUGAUGCCACACGCACAGGAGAAAUUGACUAUCCAACAAUGAGCAGGAUACUGCAGGAGUUUGGGGUUUUCCAAAACCCCUUGGAGCUCAAGACACUGGUCCAGGAAAUCACAGGGAACACAGGCAGCACUGUCCCUUACAAGGAUUUCACUAUGGUUAUGCUGGGCCGCAGAUCAACCAUGUGCCAAAGGAUCAUGCACUACGAUGGGAAAGGAGGAGGAGCAGUGAAGAGGCCCAGCCUGAUGGAUGCUGGCCCCUAUAUAACCUACUUGGAAUGCACUCUUUCCGGAGUCCCCUCUCCUCUUACCACUCUUCCGCCACCACCUCCCCCAUCUCCAGCUGAUGGCUGCUCUGAAACCUAG